UACUUUCUCAGGCAAGCCUGAGGAGCUGUGCGGCCUGUAAUCUGUACAGGCACUGUCAGAAUUUAGCAUCCAUAACUGACUUAGUGGUAACUUCACUUACACUAAAGGAAGUGUUCAGAGGACAUGAUGGAAAUGAAAGGAGAUUUAAUCCAUUCUUCCUCUUUUCAUUCCAAACUUAUAUCAAGAGGCAGCAGCACUCAGUCUAUCAGAAUUCAGUUACAGCUGUGGGAGAUCAGUUAUGGAUCUACCACAAUAUAACUGAACAGACAUUUUUAGAUCCAAAACUCCAAAUGCAGAAAUAUUUGUUGCAGAUGCUUAAAAAUACAGAAGAAUUAGUUUACAGACAGGCAAUUUAAAAAAAAAAAAAAAGUUUGAGAGGCAGAAGUGGUCAAAUAGUAAAGUGGUCAAAGAGUAAAGCGUUGGACUGAAGGCUGCCAAGAAACUACUGCUGCACUGAGUAGAUUAGCGAUGAGAUCUUGGACAGCUUUUACUCUUACUUGUAGAGGAGGAAGUUGGAGAAUGGGCCAUAAGGAAGCUUAUUUACCAUGAUAAAAAGCUGCAAAGCAGGAAGCAAUUUACCGGCAAGAACACUCAUUAUCAGACAACCCAGCUCUGAAAGCCCGACUCACCUCACUUUCUGCACUUGCUCUCUCCGUGCUGACAGAUUCCAUACAAUUAUGACACAUCAAUCCUUCCAGUUCUUCUGAACUCCCUACACUUCUACAUGACACCAGCUUAAUUUUCCAAUUAAAGUUCUAUUUUCGUCCCAAAAUUCUUGCUGAAGCCAGAGGAGUCCAACCGCAGUAAGAUGAGCUUUCACCAGGCUACAGAGGAAGCCUCAGGAAACAACAGAAAAUCAUUAGACAAGGAUCUGCACGAGAAUGCAGACAAUGCCAGACAAUGAAGUAACUGUCAGGUAUACUUAGUAAUAUAUGCCACUGCUGAAGUCCUUUUAUUUUCUCCUCAUUCAGGUCAGCUGCAGACAGAAUCCAAAGAAGGGUUUGGUUUGGAGAAGGGGGAGGCAGGAGGAGCUGUUGAUAGGAAAAAAUGGCAUUUUUGGUCUGUCUCUUAUAACAACAGGCAUUGAAAUACAGUGGGAUACAUGUCAAAGAAUGGAAAAAUGUUUCCAGGGUUUUGUUUCGGCUUUUUAUUUUUUAAUGUCAUCACCAGCUUCUGCGUGUUUUAUCCCUACAAAAAGUUUACCCAAAGAUACACAUAAUAGGGCCACAAACAUGAAUUGAAUGUUUAACACAGGUAGGUCACAAUUCAGAACUCAAUACCCUGAACAUUAAAAUAGUACAAUAAUAAUAGUAGUGGAAGCAGUGGAGCAAACUAAGACUGAAAAAAGAUAAAGAAAAAUAUGUAGGUAAUAAUAUUUGCUGAUGGUAUAGUUACUGUUAGCUGAUACAGCCUGAAGUUCUGCCAGUAAAAUAAAAAGAAAAAUCACCAAAAAUUCUGUGAGAAGUGAUAUUCUGCUAGUAAAUCACUAUUGACUACAUAGUACUGAAACAGCUGUUCAAUAUUUAGGAAGGAGCUUUGAAUUAUUUACAUUAGCUUUCAGAUUCUUAGGAUUCUUGAGAAGACAUCUCAAUGUCAAUCAGGUAACUGAGGAAAAUAUGGAGAAAACUGUCUUUACAAAAACCACCUACAGUGACAGAAGCCCAGCACACCCUGUAUCUCCAGGAGAUAGAGAAAUGGGUACAAAAAUAAAUACUUGUAUUCCCUUGUACUUUUGUCUCAACACAGCAAGGCUUUUUAAACCGGGCACUUUACUUCAGCGAAAGUAGAGUGGCUUAAAACUCAAACCUCAUCUUUGAUUUACAAUUUUAAAUAGGGAAAAAGACAAGAUACCGAAUAAUGAAAAAGCAGUUAAUAAAUUCAAGCUAGGAAGUAGUUUUUAUCACAGUUGUUCCAUCGAAGGACAGUCCUAUUAAAAAAAACACUGCAGGUGUGUCGCACUAUAUUAGGAACAGCAAAGCAGUAUGACACUGACUCCCUUAGCUGUGUUGUCCAAGAGAGCAAAGUUUUAUACACAUGUUCAAGAAGGUCUGAGAGGUAAAACUCUCAUUGGUCAUUAAAGCAACACAUCACCAGCAUUGGUUAAGUGGAACUUAACCCCUUGACUAAACAACACCUGCAAACAUUGUUGUCUUUUACCGAGGACUGUUCGGAUUCUUUCUUAUGCUUUCUCAGGCCAGAGUGAAAAGCCUGUGUGACUUUGAGUUUCACACAGGCUCUGUGCUCCCUCCUUGAUUUUUGUAUUUAGUAUCCACACAGGUGGCUUGUUUAUUAUUUGCAUAAUUUUUAACCAGAGGAGUAACGAGAUGUUCUGCUCAAUGUUAAUUGAAAAUGGUUCAAAAGACCGUGGCAUUACAAAUAAAAGCAUAAAUCACCUCAAAAUGUGUUACAGAAAAACCUACACUACUAACAAUGCAUGUGGUUGAGAGCCACAAAUAUAUCUACAUACUCAUUUUGCAGCUGUAUUUGGAGAUUUUAAGAUCUCUGCACCAGGAAAAGGCCAAAAAGAUGUGACAAAACCCCUUGACUUUUAGUGCUGUUCUCACAGAUCUUGGGAGGACCCCUAGAACGGGGUCCUGGAGCUGUUCACAAUGCAAUGUCACGGCAGAAAGCCCCAGAUCCUUCGGAAAUUCCCUUACUCUUUGUUUUCCAACGCCCAGAGUGGAAAGCAGGCUGCUGUCCCUGGAGGCUCGUUUCGCACAGCUGGACUCCAGCCUGCAGAGCCUGGAGCACGAGUUUGAGCUGCGGGCGGAGAUGCUGGAGGAGGACCUGAGGCGGGACGUGCCCUGGGCACCUGCGGCCAGCCGUGCCCGCCUUCCCCCUGAGGGCCCGCGGCCUCUGUCUCCUAGCAGGCUCGGCGGCGGAGGUAGAAAAGGAGAAGGAGGAGACGGAAGAAGAGGAGGAGAAGGAGGAAGGACAAGAGGAGGAGAAGGAGGAGAAAAAGACCGGGGAGGAGGCGGAGCCCUCAGCCGGACGGCGGGAACAGCCCCUCAGUGAGGGGCGGGGCGGAGCCGCCAUUGCGGGAGCCGCGGCCUUUCCCGGGUGCAGGAGCGUAUUGCUGGGCCAAGUGGAAAAAUCGUGUGAGGAGACAGAUGACCCCCUCAGUUAAAUGAAGGUGCUGAAGUCUUAAUUCUUCACUUAUCUUAAGAAAAAAGGAAUUUUAGCUUUAUAGUUCUAGCUUAAUCAAGAGAAUGAAUGAGGAAGAAGCUGCUCUGCUCUGAUGUAGUUCACCUUCAGAACAUGCUGGAAGCAAGCUUGUGCCAAAAGCAGCUCUCAAAGGAUGCACGUAUACUGAAAAAAUGAGUGAAUGGAAGGUUAAGGCCCUGAUGUUGUCCUAGUGCUGUUCCUGUACCUCAAGUCAGUAUGUCAACGAAAUCCAAGGCCACGCUUUCCUUGUCCGACUGCCUCUGCCAAAUUUGCAUGGAGAUCUUUGUGGAGCCUGUCACACUGCCGUGCAGCCAUACCCUCUGUAAUUCCUGCUUCCAGAUGACCGUGGAAAAGGCCAGUCUUUGUUGCCCCUUUUGCAGGCGUCGAGUCUCUUCCUGGGCACGGUACAAUACCCGCAGAAAUACACUUAUCAACUGGGAAUUCUGGGAGAAGAUUCAGAAGAAUUACCCGGAGGAGUGCGAGCGGAGGAUUAACGGACAGGAUUUGGAUGAGGAAAUCUGUGUCCCCAAACCGCAGCACCAGCUGAGCAAGCCUGGGGAGCUGAGGCAGGAAUACGAAGCAGAGAUUAGUAAGGUGGAGGCAGAAAGGCGAGCGCACGAACAGGAGGAGAACAAAGCGAGUGAGGAAUACAUCCAGCGGCUGCUGGCGGAGGAGGAGGAGGAGCAUAGGUUGGCAGAAGAGCGACGGAAGGAGAUGGAGAAGCAGCUGAAGCAAGAUGAAGAGCUGGCCUGGCAGCUCAGUAACAGUCUGAAUGAGGAUCCCGUGGGACACGUGCCUGGCAGCCCAUCAGCAGCACGCAGCCUCUCCCUUCAGACAUCCCCACUGAACCUGGGCAGCAAACCAAGAAACUCUGGAGACAUUCAGAAGUAUCUGUCUCCAAAGACUUACAGUGUGCUGGAAUCGGCAUCGUUCUCCAGUACCACAGGAGGAGGCAGAAGCAACUCAAACUCUGCGGAGACCAACAGCAAUGAAGGCAGUAGUUCUGCUCUGCAGGAUGAGCAAGAGGAAAUGCCAACCCUGUCUCCACAGCUGACCAGUGUAAAUAAAAACUCUGGUGCUAAGGAUUCAUUUUUGGAAUCAUAUAUGAACUAUUUCAGUGCCUCAGCUUCAGGUGAAACUGACGCUGUCAAGCAGGAAAAAACACCAGGACCAAAUGGUUUAGAAGAUGGAGUUCCAGAUACACUUCAUGGAACCACAGAAGGGGAGGGGUCUAGGACAGUUCUUUUUAGAUCCAAAGGAGAUGAUGAUGGAACUGAGUCAGACAGUGACAACUUAACACAUGUCCAGAGGGUAGACCUUGAAAAGUCUGAUGAAACUUCUACCUCUGGUCAGUUAGGAAUGAGUUGUGUGAUGUCUGAUAGCCGGACUGCGUUGCAUGAUCUGGGGAAGAAGGCUGGACACCCAGGUGAAGACACACUAGAGAGGCCACAGAACUCUAAGGAGACUCCCAAAAGGAAGUUACUGGAGGCUCCAGCUAAUGCCAUCACUGAUUUGGGCAUGCUUGAUAAGAGGAGAAGAACCCUUUCAGAAAGUGUAGAAGACCAAGGAGAUCAGAUGAAUGACUUUAACUUGCAGACACAAAGAGCCUUUGAGCGGGAGUUCUAUGAAAGGCGCAAGCAGGAGGAGGAGGACAGGCUUCUGGCUCUGCAGCUGCAAAAGGAGCUCAACAAGGAGGAAAGGACACUUAACCGACAGAAGGGUUCUCCAGAUGAGUAUCUGCUGCGCACCAAGCCACCUCGGUCUCUGAAAGACUCUUCUGCCAGGAAGGGAAGUCCAAAAGACUCAAAGGGAUCAAAAACACAGGCUGAAGCCAGUCACCACAAGACUCGGAAAGGUUCCUGCAAUGAAAACUGGCAGUCUCCUGCCAGGGUCCGGGUGAAAUCCCCCAGCAUCAAGGAAGGAAAGGUUUUGAAUUGUGUAGUUAAUACCAGUGACACAAAUGAUAUUUGUUCACUGCCUAAGACCAAGCAAAAGACAAUCCUGCAGAUGUUUAAAAGCCCUGUUGCAGAGUAGAUCAGAGCCAUGGACACAUGGUAGAGUGGGAAUGGGAACUGUGGUGAUGUUCUCCUGUGCUAGGCAAAGCUUCCCUAAGCAGUUUUAAUGGUUGCUUUGGAGAGGAGCCACUUUAGACAGCGGUGCCAUGAGUUCUGAGAAGUUUUAGUAACAUACACCUCCAGAAUGUAACAUUUUUUCAUUUUCUUUUCUUGAAUAUUAUUUUCUAGCACUUGAAGCACUUCUUGCAGGAAUUGAAGCAUUUAUUUUCUAAGCUUGCAUUUACAUGGUUUGGAGUGUGAAUACUGGUAGAGUUGGAAAACAAGGAUAACUGAUGGUCUGAUCUGAAAAUGAGAAUUCAAAGCCUUUAAUGGAUCCACGUUCCAUGGAGGAAACAAGUGAAAAAUCAGUCUGUAUUCCCAGCUAGCUGUCAGUUGAAGUUUCCAUCAGCACAGCCACUGUUCUGUAAAUUGAAGCACAUUGCUGGAAUUUGUUUCUGGAAUUGUAUUGUUGGCCCACCCAUUAACACGAGUGUAACCAGACAGCCACUCUUUCCCUCUCAUAUGCUAACCCCUCCCUUGGACAAAGAAAAGAGAAACAGGUCAUUCUCCACUGCCAAAGCCCAGGAUCUUCCAUGGAUGCCCCGGCUGUGGGCUUCAAUUCACCUCUAUUCACAGAGGUCCUUCCUGCAGAUCCCAUUUUCCCUGUUGUUAAGAACAAGAUACUUUUGUUUUCUUAUUGUUAAUGUUCUGCAACUUUAUUCUUGUACAAUAGGGUUACUGUAUUUAAUGCUGUUUAAUUUUCAUACUUACACUGGUUUAUGUGAUUAAAACAAUGGUCCAGAAGCCAGAUAUGAUGGAGAAAGUUAAAAGAGAAAGAAGCAACUGAAAAUUGGAGUUGUCAGUAAUGACAUAACUGUAAUUAGAGAUUCACAUAUCUGCCCUGCCUGGCUGUAACUGUUCCCCUCCAUUUUUAGAGGCACUACUAAAUACUGUUCCUGUUGGGUUUAAAACUAAAAUAACUUUAAAAAAAAAAUAGUAUUUUAGACAUGGAGGUGUUUGGGCUGGGGAAGAGGCAACCAGAUCCUACUAUUCAGAGGAAGUUUUCUUGUGAAUUGUUUUAUCUGGUUUUUUUAAUUAAGCCAUAUUUUGGCUUUUCUUUGCUUCUUGGGAGCUACUUUUCCACUGUCUGUGUUUGAAAUUGAGCCAAGUGCCAGCUGCAGUGCUGAAGGGUGUGUGCUAGUCAUCAAAGUCAGCAAAUGUUUGAGUUUUGUCCUUUUUGUGAACCCGAUUGAUGACUGUUCUGGGACAUUCCUAAGAGACUUGUUUCUUCAGCAGCAUCUUAUGAUGGUUAAAGUUUCAGAAAACCAAAUUUUAUGGAAAGCAGAACCAGCACAGAGCCAAAAAUAUAAAUUGUCAGGUUGUUUUUUUCCCCAAAGCCUGCACAACUUUAUCAUUGGUGGGCUUCUCAUAAAUAAAUAAAUGUUCUGUUCAGAGAUGUUUUUUGAGAAAGUUACAACAGUGGUAAAUCAGUUUGAUUUU